GAGGAAAAAAAAAGAAACUCACGUAGCCCUUUUUUCUUUGUGCUUAAAGCCACUUAGUUUUUCAUAUAAUAAAACAAACUCUCCGCAUGCUUAAAUAGCUAGCAGGCUAGCAGCACAACACACACCCACACGUACACUUUGCAUCUAACCAUCCACUAAUUAAUUUAACCACUAACAACUCCACUAAUAGACCCACUCACCCACUAGCUACUUACAACACGCGUAUAAUUAAUUACCAACUCAUGCAAAUAACUAAUCUAAUAAUCUAGCACUAAUAACAAGAUUAGUUCCAACAAUCACCUCCCAAUCUUGUUAUUACUUAUUUAUCUCUUGAAGCCCGUUGUCAUCGUUGCCAUUGCCAUGUAGACGGCCGCCAUUGCCAUCUUCCCGCGCCGAUUUGUCGAUGUCGCCGUUGGCCGCGAUGAGAGACGCGCCUCCUACGCUUUCACCAAGAGCAUGCCGUCGUGUCACGUACUCGCUGCCGCAUGUCCGCCACCGGUGCCGCAACUCGCCAGUGACUUGCCUCCAUGUUUGCCACUGAUGACGCAACUCGCCGAUGACUCGCUCUCAUGGUCACCACCGGUGACGCAACUCGCCGGUGACUCGUCUUCAUGUUUUCCACCGGUGACACAAUUCGCCGAUGACUCGCUUUCAUGGUUGUCACCGGUGCCGCAACUCGCCAGUGACCCGCCUUCAUGUUGUCGUCGAUGCCGCAACUUGUCGACGACUCACACAUGGACGACGAUUUCUUCACGGCAAUGGACUCCGCACCUUGGCCAUCACCUCCUUGCUGCCGGUGGCGCAACUUACCAAGCAGCCUACCUUUCUCCGUCGUCGUGGAGCCGCUUGACAACGAUGGAGACUCGGACCUCGACAAACAAGGCUCUGAUACCAAAUGUUGGGAUUGCUUAGACUUAAACUAUAUACUUUAUACUCUUCAUAGUAGAAGCAUUUGCAUGCAUACGUACAUAGGAGGGAAAAAAAAGAAACUCACGUAGCCCUUUUUUCUUUGUGCUUAAAGCCAC